AUGGCUGUUGAACUCACUCAACAUCUCCGGAUCCCCACCCCUCACCGUCCGGAAGAUCACGAAUUCCGCACUGCAGUGCUGCCGCGAACUCGUCGCGUCCGGCACCUGCGGGGUCUCGGCCCCGACGGGCACGUCGACGUCACCGGGGCGUGCCGGAAUUGGCUGCACUUUUCGAACGAAAAGAAGGCAGGAACACCGAAUGGCGUCGACACGCAAGCAGGAGAUUUCGAGGAAACCAGACGGCGACUGGUGAAGGCCGCAGCCGAACUGGCUGCCGAAGGCGGGUCGGCCGCUAUGUCCGUACAAGCCGUGGCGGAAAGAUCCGGCAUCAGCCGAGGGUCUGUGGCCUGGCACUUCGGAUCGAAAGACGGGCUUCUACGAUCCGUCGUCGAAGACGCAUUCCGGUGGGGCAUGGAGAAGUUGCGCGCAGAGUUGGCAUCAUCCUCGGCGACCGGAAUCGAAGCAUUGAUCGAAGGCCAACUUCGUGUUGAUGUCGUACCCCCGAGGCACGAAUUUUUUCUCGACCAUCCCGCGGACUACCUGCGUCUCGAUCGACACACACCUGGUCGCCAAUCCGGAGCGCUGGUUGCCGUCACCCUUCUGGCCGGCACGCCCCGGAUCAACCUCCAACAUCGCCUCGAUCCCGACAACAGUCGAUCGACGUUCGGCGGUAACCGAACUCGAAUCGAUCUAUGCCCGCGCGAUGGCAUCUACCGCAAACGUCAGGGCACGAGAAUCCGGCAGCACACGAGAAUCCAUAGGCGAACCGGAAGUUCAACUUCCCGAAACAACUUCGCCCGCAGCCUGGGGUGGGACCGCAUCGAGCCUGGUGCGAAUGAAUCUGGCGACGUCGCGCAACGGCAGCUCCGGCUUCCUCCGGCAAGCCAGGCCACACGGCGGGAAACGCGUGAACCUGGCACGUUCCAGAUCUGCAGGGCGAGCAUGGCACCCUGCGGCGGCGAGCCCACCUCGGAUUCGGCGGCAAUCAGCAACGACGGCGGGCAAAGCGGCAAGAUCGCCGUCGACGGGCGAGUUCGUCUCGUCCAGCCAAGCUUUCCGAUCGCCACAUCAAUGCCGACACCGGGGCGAUCACGUCGCGUCGAGCGCGUUGGCAUUGACCGAUUUGGCGGUGCAAUCGAGAUCGAGGAGCGAAGCGAGAGGCCGACAAGACCGGCCGGAAACCCCGAGCCCCGCGGGAAACUGGGCUGCAAGCGCCGUCGCGAAGACCAGGAAACCUCCGGCCAGAAUCACCAACGAAGACAACCUUUUUCCGGCAGCAGGCUCCCUGUUCGAGAGGCCACCGGUACGCAUCCAGGCAGUCGUCGACGGACCCUGCUGAUGCCUUCGUGCUCGGCAACCGCCGAUAUGCGAUGUGCAGGACCGGAAGGCCGGUUCUUUUGGCGAUGCCGGCAACGACCGGCCGAUGCGUGC